GGAGACGUGAAGGUUUGACUCGCUCAGAUGCUGAUGGCAGCCUUUGUGGGACCUCCCCAGCCCAGCUGCCCUUUUUUUCUCUUGUCGCCUUGGGUAGUUGAGCGGUUUCAGGCCGGUUGCAAAAGAAUGACUAUUUCUUCUCCGGAAAGAGAAAGCCGAAGGAGAGAACCCUUGAGUCCCUCUGUGUAAAUGUACCCCGUGGAAAGAACCCUGGCUUUUAAAAGUGGGAUAAUGAGCAGUAUAUCAGCCUAACAUUAAUGAAAAAAGUGCAGUUGCACUUUGCCCUGUUUCGGAAAGCCUACGCAGCUGAACUGUAAUGUGUUAGAACCUUUAAAGAUUGUAUCUCAAGUUUAGAAUCUAAGUCAUCAAGAGUAAGACCAGCUGAGGGCUCCACAAGCCUUGCAGCACGUUCCUAGAGGAAGGGAGAGAAUAGGAGUGUAUCUCUCCAUCUUUCUCUGAGUCACAAACUCGAACAACAGGAGAUUCUGGCCAAGGGUUUCUGGAAGCCCAGCAAGUGGUGGUUUAGAAACCAAUAUCCUGUAGUCUCUUCCCAACACAAGUAGAACAUUUGACUGUUUUAAUUAUCUGAUAUCGAUGUUGUUCACUUAGGAUGAAUUUUUUUUUUUUUUACUGAUUUUUGUUUUGUAUCCUGGAUCUAACAUAGCCUUGAAAAAGAACACUUUUGUAUGAACUCAGUUUUGUUAUGCUGAUGACGUUCAUUACAAAUGCAUUUUGAGAAAAGGAGACAAAGGGAGGCAGUAUUUUAUUGAGCCCCCUCCCUACUGGUUCUGUCAAACUAAUGUAGAUUAUUCAAAAUUCAUUAAUACCAAUUUAAUAAAAACAUCCCCAUCUCCCGUCUCCCAUAGUGUAUUUGCCUUUCAGUAAGGGGAUCUGGACCAGUUUUCGGGAAGAGGAAGAACAAAGAACAUUUUAUGAUUGUUGCCAUGAAGACUGACGUUUCUUUCCUUCCUUCUCUCAUUUAUUCGCUCCUUCCUUCAAUGUGUAUUGCAUGCCUCCUUUGCCAGGCCUUCUGCUGUUGACUGUGAUAAACAAGGCCCUCCCUCACCGUGUGGCUUUCCCAGCCUUGAUCGGCCUCCAGCAGCCUCGGGUAGGGUCCAUUUUCUUUGUUCACAUAUGCCAGCCCAGCCAGCUGCAAUUUCCAGGAACCAUCCUGGGAGUGAAGGGUCCCAGACUCGAAUCCAGAUGUUCUCAUCCUGGAGUGGGUGACGAGGCAGCAGAUUCACUUGGCAGGAAUUGUAAAGUGCUUACCUCUGACCAUCUAAGGAAAAAGACCGUCUGAUUCAUUAGGUCACCUGAGUCCUAGGAAACCUUUUUUUUUCUCUUUAUUUUAAGCUCCUGUGUUACUUGGCUGCACAUCUCUGCUUGAGAAGCAUUUUUGGGGCUCAUCCUUCUUAUUUUCUAGGAGAAAAUUCUCAGGGAAACCAAGGCUGCACAAGAACCAGGACUUCCAGCUGAGCGCCUGGCUUCCGCAGGGCAUUUUGUGCAGUGCCUUGUAGCCUCAUGGGGCUCUGAGUUCAGAAGCCUCUGCCAGGGCCUGAAGUGAGGCUGGAUGGGGCUUGGCACCAGAAAAGACAAGACCCAAAAGAAGGAAGAGGCCUGGAACUUGCCACGCUUUUGACUCAUCUGCAGCUCAAGGGCACCAGGCAGGAAUUAAGAACAGCACCCAAGUGGCAGCAGACGCCGUCCGUGACUUCAGUUCAUGUCCCACACAGCCUGCCAGCAGAAAAGCAAAGAAUUUAGAUCAGACACCAGCUGAUCAACUCCACGACCUUGGAAAAAACACAGGGCUUCUCGAGAUCUGUUAUCUUAGAAGAAGCAAAUGAUGGAAGGUGUGCUUUGAGGAAUGUGGAGGUAACGAGGUAACAUAUGAAUGGCCCCUGCAGGCACCCAGCACCCCCUUCCGCCUGACUCUGGUCAGGAUGUGCCAGGAUCACCCAACACAGCCAGCCACUGAGAGCAUCCUGAUCAGAUACCACUUCCCUGAAACCACCCGCUUGCGACUGCUCCCCAGCUCCCCUUCAGCCCCUUAAAGACAACAGCCUGUGUCAAGUGUGGGGAUCAAACAGUUGCGGUUUAUGCUCCUUGUGCUCGCGCCCUGCCCAUAACAUCGACGUGUAAGAGUCUAUAAGGUGGUUACUGUCAUUACACACGUCACAGAGCGCAUCUGUGAUGACAUGUCCAAGGCCAAACGGCUCAGCGAGCGUUGGACCCAGAGUCUGCCUGCCCCGGCCACCCACUCCCAUCCAAGGCGGUGGCCUUGCCACCUCCCCAGCACCCUUGGCUGAGAUGGGUGCGUGCAAGAUUGCACAAGGAUAUUCAUGAUACUCUUGCCAUUCUCACCCAGUCCUCUGCACCUGCAGUGUCUGCAGGUGGUUCUUAGCCUUAGCUGCACAUUUGACUUACCUGGGAAGCUUUUAAAACUCCAGAGCCUCCCAUGCACAGAGUGGGGCCCAGCCAUCAUUAUUUUUAAAGCUCCGCGAGUCGUCCUGGUGUGCAGGAGGGUGACCGUCCCAGGGACUUCCUUCAACAUGAAGUUUAACAUCCUGGGCACGUAAGGACAAGUUAGUCACCCGAACGCAGCCGAGGUUAAUAAUCGGUGUGGUGGGAGACCGUUCCUCUGUGUUUGGUUGUACUGUUCAUUAAACCCUUAAUUAAUUUCAUCCACAAAAUUUGGUGGUUCUUUAAGGCACAAAAAAGGGGGGGGGAUAUAAAAAUAUUUGUGUCCAUUUUUAUCGUCUUUAGAGCCCUCAAAUCCCUAGGUGUGUUUAGUUACAGACAGUUGUGUCAUGUUGCUUUUAAAACUUUUUUUUACCUUUUAUUUUUUUAACACUAACAAGAGUAUAGUUUCCCCUUAACGUUUUUUUUCCACAGAGAACUAUAAAUUUUAUACUUAAAAACCUCUUUCACUGGUCAUAUCUUUUUUUUUUUGGAAAGGUCGACUCUUAAGAAAAACCUUUCAUAACUUUCUUUGUUUUCUGACGUAUUGUAUUCUCCGUUGAAGAGCUCAAUCCCCUAAAGAACUCCUUUGUAAACGGGGUUGGGGAGAAGGUCCUGGCCUCCAGCACCCCUGUGGACCUCCCGCUGCAGAGACCUUUUUCUCAUCCGGCUGAUUUGUUAAACUAAGACUUUCUGCUUCUCAGGUGUUUACAGGACUCUUCUGUUUUCAAAGGAGUCUUACAAAAAUAUGAUGACUUCUUUCUUAACAGAACGUGUGCUUUUUGCUAAGCAUAAAAUUACCUGCUGCCUGCAUAUACUUCUUACUCACAUCAGCAUGUAAACUAGGCAUUAUUAUUCCCACUUUACAAGUGAAAAAACUGAGGCUCAGGAGAGGUUAACAAAUCCAGAAUCACCCCACUAUUAAGUAAAAAACCUAGGUUUUGAACCUUGUUCUUGAUAUCACAAGAGUCCUUUCGACUCGGUUACAUUUUUCACUUGGAAAGCAGAGGUGUCGGAACAGGGGCUUCCUUGUCCAGCCCUCCUGCCCCCUGUCUGCUGCCCAGGGGAUGCACUAGGCUUCAGAAGGAAAUCUAGAAUCCCAAAGGUUGUAUUUUUGUCAGCAAUAUCUGGAAGUUUUUUUUGUUUGUUUGUUUUUUUGUCAUUCAGGGGCCAUCAAUUUGCAAUUUGGUCAUUUUGAAGUGCAAAGUAGUGUGGCAAAAAGAAAAUAAAACUUGGUGUUUUACCUUCUUUAGAACUGCUGAUCCAUUCGGUUCAGGUUCGGUUCUGAUCCUUUGUCAUGGUCUAAAGGAGUACUUGGUGUGUGUGGUAAUAAUUUCUUCCUAAGUCCCGUUUUACCUGUUAGCAGUUUUGAUGCCUGCGUGCCUGCUGUUGCUUUUUUUUUCUUCCUGAUCAGGUGUUACUUGUCUACAUUUGCUGGGUACUUUGAGGUAGAAUGCUUUAAAAAUUUGCUCACUGGGAAACAGACUUUGUUGUGACUAAGUAAAGUAAGCAAGAGGGACAAACAAAUUGUGAGCACAUGUGCCAUCGGCAAGUGCUUUGCGUCUGUUCAUCUUGUUUCCCUCUCCUGGUCAUCCUUUAAGUCUGAAGAUAGUAGAGACUGUUUCCUUGUCUGACGGUGAAGAGAGGGAAGUAAAUCACUUGCCUCAGAACCCAACAAAGAGGGACACAAUCAGAGUUUGAACUGCAAGCCGUCCAACUCCAUCUCCCUUGUUCGGGGUGGGUACAGCGCCCACAUGCCUGCCCUGCAGUGGAUGUGGCGGACGCCACAGUGGGGAUUUCUGGAGAGAGCUCCCUGACCGCUUCUCCAUCCAAACAGGAGGCCAGCGGUCAACUAAUACUGAGUUCGGUGGGCACUUCGCAUGAGCAAAAGCGUUUGUGAUGACCCAGGUGGCAUGCACGUGAUGUGAUUGGGUAGCUCCUCUUCGCGUUGACAUCCAGCCUGUAAACAUGCAUUCGCUGCCGGGAUGUGUCAGGAAUUAGCCGGGCUCGGGGAGGAGUAGGUAGUCCUGUAGUGAGGACCUAGGCUGUAGUGAGGACCAUGUGUAGUUCACUUUGCGGCUAAGGCUGGGCAGCAGUCUUGCCCCAGAGGUGAGUUGUGUUUUUGGCUAUACAACUCAGUCACUGUAAUUAAAGUCACGAGAUGAGAUUGAAUAUUCUGGAAAUAGCGACUCUUAGGCAGUGAAGAAAAGAGGCAUCUAUUUUAUGCCCCUUUGACUAUUUAUGAGAUUGGCAUGAUUUCUUCUGUUUUCCUCAUUGAAAGGGGGAAAUGAUGUUUUUAAUAGUUACGAUGUGUGAUAGAUAACUUACCUCAGGACCGUGUGCCACAUUAUCUCGAGUAAUCCUCAUGACCACCCGGUGAAAUAGCUACUCUUACUAACAGAGGACUCCGUUUGGCCCCGGGCACACACCUCCAAGGGAUGAUGGCAUUGGGAUUUAAGUUCUUGUGAGACGAUUCCAGAAUCUGUAGCUUUAAGUAGCGUUACUACUUAUUUCUCUUCUAAUUCUGUUGAGUGUUUGGUGUUUCUGGUAUUUGGAAGUUACGUGCUUCCCUUUUAAGGAGAGCAUGUACGACCUUCAUGGUUUUGUAGGCCCCAGCGGCACUGAGCUGGCGUCUUCACAUACUCCGUCUUUUUCUCCAUCUGUCCCCAUAAUAAGUCUCUAAGAAAGCAGGGCAGGUGAGCUCAAAGUCCAAAGGAAAGGCCACCAGCAGUGACUGCUGCCCUGAGGCCUUUGUCCUGGAAGAGGCAAGACUAAGUCCCAAGGAAGCACAAUUGUAACCCUCUGUGUCGCUUUCCUUUACCCUGCGCCUGUCACCUUUGGCUGAUGCCGCCAAUAAUUAUGUGUUAAAAAGCUUAUGCUGUUAAAAAAAAAACAAACAGUUUUUGAGAAUCCUCCUAGGUAUUAAAAAUAAAAGGUAUGUUUCUUGUUCUAGAAGGUCAAAUGCAGAGGGUUUAUAAUCGAGGCACUAUGAGUGUGGAGGGUGGGGCAGCACCUAAGCCAAUGCUGACAGCAGGUCAGGGUUAGGUGCACCCACAGCCUCUUACCACUCCACGUGAGCAUUGGCCAUCAACCCCAGGGUGGUGAUUGGCCAGGAGGACCCAGCUUCCUGGCUGCUUGUACCUUCCGUGGGAGUCUGUCACUCGGGUGUGCCCACAUGGGGUGCCAGCAGCACAGCCGUCUUCUUGCCUCCCACUGUGUCUAUUCACCUCUGUCUCGGGGUGCACUGAGGUCUUUUACCCUGUGAUUAGCCACACAAGCUGCAAAGGCGGAAGAGAACUGUACUUGUUUGGAAGAAGCCUGGCAUCAUCUGCACAAGGGAGUUGCUGAUGUAGAAACGUUGCAUUAUUUAGAGAAUGGUUCAGACGCCCGGAAGAUACUUGCAAACAGGACACGGCCUAGAUGUCUCACGUCCCAUUAAACCGUAUUUGCAGUCACAGGCUCACGCUCCCUAUUGGCACUUGCUCCGGUGGAUUCCUAAUUCUGAACAACUGCUGAGAUAGUCUUGUGGCAACGCCUCCGAGAGGCCCGCGCUCCUUAGCCCCUGUCACUGGCUCGUCCGUCCCUGGGGGCUCUCCUCCAUCAGGGUGUUCUCUGCUUCUUGCUAAGGGGCGCCCCUACUACCAUCCAGCCUGAGAUUGCAAGUCUUUGGUGUCAGGCGGAACAACACCUCCAAAUUUUAGGAGGACUUGGAAAGAAAAUGGCAAAACUGCUCUCUAUAAAUUUUGAAGGAAGAAGCCUAGAGUCUUCAAAUAGAGGAAUCUUGUCACAGGAUUCUUGAGAGUUUCUUGGGAUUGAUGUGUAAGGUGUAGAAGUAGCAGAAGCGCAUUGUGCCAGGCUAGUCAGUCACUUUCUUCUUUCCUCCCUUCUCCCCUCCUCCCUCCCUUCCUUCCUCUCUCUACUUAGUAGGAAUAUGGGACUGGUAGAUGGAUGUAGUAUUGGCUGGUAUGCAAAUCUUUGCAACAGAAUUGCCAACCAGGGACUGAAUGAGAGAAGAGGUGUGCAGGUUAAUAAUGGGUCUAUUGAGAAGGAUUAAGGUGUUUGUAGCUCCAGAGUCAGGAUAGAAGAAAAUUACAAGGACACUGGUUUCAGUUUCAUUAAAAAGAAAAUUUUCUACUGUGAGAACUAUGUGAAAAUAAAAUUAGCUUCCUGAAAAGGGAAGAAGUUCAGUUUAUGAGACUCUUAGAGCAUCAAGUGCAUGGUCAGCUGGCAAAGAGGAUUUUAAGGACUGAAACGUGGCUGGAAGUCUCAGCCAGCGCUUCCACUACAGCUACAGUCACCAAAAUAGCACUGAGUGCUCUUGUAAGCCACAAAUGUCUCUUCUCUUCCUCAAGAUGGAGACUCCCCUGGUAGGGGUGGACCCCCAGAGGGCCCAUCCCAGCUGCGACCCCGAGUCUUCUCCGUGGAGCCCCUGCUCACCUGUCUGUGAGCAGUUUUCUUAGGCUCUGGCCACAGCCACUGCUCCCUCUGUUUUAACAGGAUGAAAAUGCCGACAUGGAUGUGUUCAUCCAUGGUAAGAAGCCUUGUGAUUUGGGAUGUCAGGGCCCCGCAGCAAGAGGCCAGGCUUGGAAAUCAUGUAGGUGAAUAAGCUGAGGGGAAGGGGUGGCUCGCCUGAGGUCAUUUGAGUAGUAGCAGAAGUUCUGCUUCUAGAAAUUCUGCUCCUAGUAGUGUCACUGGGGUCUCUCUUCAGCAGAGCCAGUUUACGUUUCUGGAAAAUGACGUGCGUGUCAGCUUCUGCUAGUGACUCCUGAAACUAACACCUGUCGGGUAUACCAGGAGUGCGGCAGGCAGUGGGAGUCCUUGUCCUGCCCGCACUUGCCACCUGGAGGCAGUCGCGUGUCCUGCACCCUGCACAGCCCCCUUGCAUGGGUCACAGGUGUGUGUGAACGCCCAGGGCAGAUGUAGCACCUUGCCGCUCCAUGGGCUUCUCCCCCCGCUUGCUAAGUGUUACACACACAUUCAGGCUGGAGUCCUGGGUGCAUACUCCUUUGAAAAAGAGGCAGCUCUCUUGCAAAAGAAAAUACAGCCUGUUAUCAAACAUGGUACGUUCCUACAAUUCUUUCAAAAAAUGCUUUUAAAGGGCAGGUUCUAUGCUGGGUCUGAAUAUGCAGUAAUUCUCUUGACCCUCCAGUCAGACUUGCUCCCCCAGGUUUCAUUCUCCCUUUGCAGAGCUCUUGGCCUGGGAGCAGUGGGCCAGAAGGAAACUGCUAACUCUCCCUCAUCUUGCUGCUGGUUUUUAUAAGCCUCCUUCCCAUUCCUCAGGUGCUCCAAGCACAACCCUUUGCUUUCUCUCUGCCUAAACUCCCUUCUCCCAGACAGCCACAGUACUUGCUCCCCGGCUGCGCCAAGGUUGGUGCUCCAGUGCCAGCUGGACGGAGGCUUCCUGCCUGUCCACGCCUCCACGUGCUAGCCCUACGACCUCAUCCAUGCUUAGUCCCUCUGGCCUUGCUUUACGUGUUGCCCAGAAUAUCAGAGCAUUGCAAACAACGAUAUUUUGGGAUCUACACCUCCUGUGGUGGUAUACCGAAAGAGAUGACGCAGUAUAUGCCCAAGAAGUAACUGCUUCCCUGCCAGUCACAGAGUGACAGGAAGGACGUUCUCUAAGGAUUUUAUCAUGUGAAGUCUUCCUGGAUUUCCUGGAUUUCUUUUUCCAGAAAUGCAGAUAAAGAAGAUGAAGGAUAUUGGACAGCAGUUAUAUCCCACACAAGUGAAUGAUGGACAUAAUUCCUUGACCAUGUCACCCAAACAACCUAAUGCUAAUAGGGCGACUCGACCAGACAGACAAGAAGCGCAAGCUCUUCUGUGUCAAGGCUCAGAGGCCGAGGCAACCGUGAUGACGGUUGCUACGUGUAUAAAGUGCAAGAGUGUUCACAAAAUCCCGCUUCAAGAUCUAAAGAAGGGGACUGGACCAAGCCAAAAGGAAGACAAAUAUGUUUGCUUCAAAUGCAACCUUGGCAUGGCUACUUCCCAUUUUCAUUUUGUGAAUAGUAAUCCCAGUGCAACUCAUGUAGGAAAUAAAGCAGAGACCAUCUCCAGUUCUGUCACUAACAAAUUUAAGGUAAGGAACUUUAAGCCAGGCAAAUACUAUUGUGAUAAAUGUCGAUUUUCCACAAAGGACCCUCUGCAGUACAAAAAGCACACACUUCAACAUGAAGAGAUUAAAUUCAUCUGUUCUCACUGCAGCUACAUUUCCUACACAAAAGGGGAGUUCCAGAGGCACUUGGUGAAACACACAGGCAUAUUCCCUUACCAGUGUGAGUACUGUGACUAUGGCGCUAUUAGGAACGACUACAUUGUCAAACACAGGAGGAGAGUGCAUGAGCGGGCCGGCGGAAAGCGGCCACCCAAAACCAUCGCCAAGCUGGAGCCGAAAAGAACCAGUGCAUCCAAACAAAACACAGAGCUUUUAAAAGCUCCCAAUCCAAGAACUUCAUUUCAAAAUAAGUUGUCAGACCAGCUCUCAAGGUUCUCCCUCCACACAACUAAAGACAAAAUGCACAGUAUCAUGUUGCUGCCUGAAUCCAAGGAAUACCAAAAAGAUGUAGUGUGUAUUCCAAAUAAAAUGACCUUGUCGGAGCCAAACGAGGGCAGUCCGUUUGGGAACAGAAGCGUGGAGGUGGAGGUGCUGUCCCCCGCAAAAGAGCCCGUCCAGCCGGGAAUGCCCCUAACAGUUGUGGCACCGGCAGAACUGGUUGUCCCUGCAAACUGUUUAGCCCAGUUGAUGGAUGUGAAGGUUGUCAAUGGGACCCAGCAGCUUGUCCUGAAACUGUUUCCUCUGGAAGAAGGUAGCCGCCCUGAAGCCAGCGGGGCUGAAGGAGGGAAUUCUGAGCAUAUGACUAAAGAAAAGCAUUCAACUGACCAGGAAAAAAUGUUUUCUGCAGGACAUACAAAGUCACUGCCGGUUGAAGGGAAUAUCAGAAAACUCCCAGGCUUUGAUAAUCUUCAUUCUGCAGUUCAGAGACAACUUAAAAAUGUGAAGUGGGUGAGGUCUUAUGAUUUUUUCAUGUCAAAUUCUAGUGUGCACAACCGUGGAGAAUCCUUCCUCAGCCCGGAUACAGUUGAGGAUUUCCAGAAAAAAAGUAGUACGUAUCCACAGAGAUCGGCUCUUCCAUCUCUCUCCUUAAAAGGUCAUUCUCCAUCAUCUGUAGUAAAAAACAGUGUUUUGCAUGGUCUCAGAACUGCAUCAAACCCUUUUCCAUAUAAAGCUGCUGUUUCUGUUACUGAGGAUGGAAGACACCUACACGGUGUCUCACAACCAUUCUUUCCUCUUGUCGCACCACCUGCAGCUAUGUCCUCUGGAGACCAAGGCUUACUGCCUGUGAGUACAAAUCACUUGGAAUCUAGAGAUGAGAUCAGUAUUCCUGUAAAAAUGGCUCCCUCUUAUAAGAAGCUGAAGGACAGGCAGACAGAGGAACACAAGGCAGGUCCAAAUACAAGCCAGAUUUCCUCUAACCGCAAAAAUGAGUAUUUGCACAUAAGUAUACCUGGAGAAGAUAGCAUCAGGUCUCAGCUGCCCAGAGAGGAGCCUCUGGAAGUAAAGAGUCCAGAAAGGACUAAAGACUCUUUUGAUGGCCCAGUCAUCUCGUCAGUAUUUUCUCUGAGCUCUGGGUCCGAAAACGUCCCUGAGGGCGUUAAAUGGAAUAGUUCCACAUCCAGAAUAAAGUCAAUUGAACUCUUGCGCAGAAAGAUAGCUCAGUUAAUCGAAUCCUGUGGCAAGCCUUCGUCUUUGUCUGCAAAUAAUGCACAUCGCCGUUCUGUAGGGCAGGCAUCAAAGGGAACCUCAAAAGCUGCUCCUGAAGGUAUUCACAAAAUCAAUGUGUCAUUUACUGGCUCUGGCUACUCCACCGGCACGCUCCCCAAACCUCAGGAUGACGGCGGUAUUAAUGGACAGCUUACUCCUCAGCAAAUGUAUCCACAUUUUAUAGAAGACAGCAAUGGGAAAACUGAAAACAGAGUGACCAGGAAGGCCCAUGUUGCUACUCCAGUAUUGAUCCCCAAAGGGGCUGUGUUGAGGGUUCUUAAUUCUUCUGAGGAUGCCCAUAUUAUAGAGGCUACGUGUGAAGCCCCUGUCAGCAUGUCGUGCAGUGAGACACAGUUAACAAAGCCCGUUCCGCUCUGCCCAGUGAGACAGACAGACUCAGGCUUACAGUCUUUGACAAGCAAAAGUGGGCCAGUAGAUGUGUCCCAAAAUCUUGAUAUACCUCUUCGACCAAAACUAAGGAAAGAGAGUGCAUCUUGUAGUAGCACCAUGCCUAAAAAAACUGGCCCCCUACACAGUCAGCAAGGAAGCAGUGAACCGAGUAAGCAAGGGAAACUGCUCCCCAGAAGUCUUCCUAUAAGUAAAAAUAAAACUAGACAAGUGAACUCAUCUAAGAAGAAAACCAAAAUCCAGGCCGAUCCCAGCCGCUAUCUCAAGGAUCCUUCAAUUUUUCAGGUCACAAGACAACUUCGACUGAUAGCGGCUAAACCAGACCAGUUGAUUAAAUGCCCCCGUCGGAACCAGCCUGUCAUUGUGUUAAACCAUCCUGACGUUGACUCACCAGAAGUGACCAAUGUGAUGAAGGUAAUAAACAAGUACAAAGGCAACGUCCUCAAAGUCGUCUUAUCUGAGAGGACUAGGUGUCAGUUAGGUAUCAGACGGCAUCAUGUCCGCCUGACCUACCAGAAUGUGGAGGAAGCCAAUCAAAUAAAAAGGCAAAUGAUGUUGAAAAUGAAACUUAAAAAGGUUCAUAAAAACAACUACCAGGUGGUGGAUUCCUUGCCUGAUGACUCAUCACAGUGUAUAUUUAAGUGCUGGUUUUGUGGGCGGCUGUAUGAAGACCAGGAAGAGUGGAUGAGUCAUGGCCAACGGCAUUUGAUAGAAGCUACUAGAGAUUGGGAUGUUCUUUCCUCCAAGGGAAAUAAGUGAAAAAUCGGUCUUUGAAGCAAAUUGUUUUUCUUACUUUUAGUUUAUUCUAGUUUGGUUUUUGUUUUGUUUCAUUUUUUCCCCCUCCCUGACUCAGUAGGAGAAAUAGAGUAUAGGGAUGGGAGAGUCCUCAAUUCUUAAGAACCCUUGUAGGAAUGUUGAGAGCCAAGAGACUUAACCUGAGAUAAGUGACUGGACCUUGGGAAGGUAUUUGAGGACCCCGAAAUUACGCACAAAUCCACAUAACAUGCAUUUUCCUGGAGAGGAGUGAAACUUGUAGAUUUCCAGUGGGAUCUGACACUGCUUUGUUUAACACUCCUUUUUCCGAGUAGAUACAAAUUUGUUGUAAUCUAAUCAGAAGGGCAAGUUUAGAGUGUUUUACACAUGCUCUUUACGUAACAAAAUGCUACUGAGGGAUUAGACUGAGAUGUUGGUGUGCACAGCCAUCUCACUAAGUCCUGUUCUGACUAUUUGGUGCAUAAUGGAAAUUAAACUUUCUGCAUUUUAUCUUAAGUUUGGGUAUAGAAAACUAGUUAUUCUUUUCCUCACCCACUCUGCAGUACUUGUGUCGUUUACAGCACAGUGCCCUGUGCUGUUGGCUACUUUAAAGAAUGAUUCCAGGGUUUGCCUGAACUUACUACUUCAACAGUAGAUGUUAGGGGAGGAAAGAAACAUUUCCAAACCUUUGCUUUCUUUUUAAAGAUCCUGAUUUAUGACAAUUGAGGAGGGAAUGUGCCUUUAAAAAAAAAAAAAAAAAGAAUGGUCACAGAAAAGAUCUAGAACUAAGGCUCCUGUUUGCCCUUAACCACCCUCACAAACUGAUUUACAAUGUGAAUGAACAGGUGUCUUGCGACACUGGGGAAGACAAUUCAUGGUUGGGUGGUGAAGAAAGCUAUGAUUUUAACGUGACUCUCCGUGUUCAUCUGAGAACUCACAGACCACAGGUGAAGGCUGCACACACUUCCUCCAUCUCUUACAGGUCACAGACACUGCCUCCCCCUCCUCCCCCUGCUCAUAUCCUGCUCUGCCUUUGCCAACUUCCUGAACAGACCCUCCUAUGGAGUAGGACGCUUCCCUACUCACCUCCUGUCCCCUUCCUUUUGUGCCUUUGAGGCCCCUUAAGGCUUUCCCUCAUGAAAAUACUAAAACCAAGCAGGAAUCAACAAAAGGGAAGCAUCCCACCAUCUUUGUUGAGGUUCUAGGAAAAGGAUGCCUGGUUUUCAUCAAUAGUCACAGCCAUGUUGUCCCUCUCACUCACCUGUCUGAGGUAGUAACUCUCAAGAACAUCUGCCGCCCUCUCCACCAACAGAUGCCAGGACCACAGCUGGUCCACACAGCACCUUCGUGUGCAUUAAGAAGAAGGCCUUCCAGAUAGAUGGCCUGGUAGAUGGAGCUCAGACUGGACAUGCUCCUCACUUUAACCCACUCAGCCAGGCACCAGCCAUCAGAUAGAAUGCGGAUGGGACAGCCACAAGGCAGCCCCACUGUGUUUUCCUCCCUUUAGGAGUGCUCCUUCCGUAGGGAAUUGUUUAGUGCAGUGAAUGAAAUGGGGGGCCGUUCUGCCUGUAAAAGACUUGAUCGAGCUUUCCAUCGUGUUGGUUAGUCGGAACUUCCUGCUUUUUAUAUGUGUGAAAGAUUAUCUUCUGAUAGGUGGGAUGAUAAUUUGUAGUUCUCAUUACAGAUAAUCAACAUUUCUUAUGUAUAAUUGAAUACAUAAUCAUUAAGUUGACUGGUUAAUUUUUAUUGAAAUUUAAAACUUGGGUUUUUUUAUAUGUGUAUAUAUGCGUGUGUGUACACAUAUAAAUAUUUUUUACCAUAAACUGCAGUAGCUAAUUUUCUGAUUUCCUAUUUUAUAACAAAUUAUGCGGGCUGGAAAAAUAUAAGACGUUUUAUAUUCUAGAAAUUAUUUUGGAAGCACAUUUUUAUAACGGUGUGAUCUCAUUUUUAGCAAAUGAAAGCACAAAUGAUGAGUCUGAUUUAUAUGAACAAACAGGAGUAGAAACUGCUGAGGAUCAUUCCAUUUCAGUAUUUCCUCCCCCAUGCAUUUCCAGUUGGUGCUUUUUGGGAAGUGGAUCCUGUGUACCACUCACUUUACCACCCAGAGGAGAGGAUUCUGCAGUGUAGCCAUGUGUAGAUAUGUACCCUGCCAGGAGCUAGAAGGCUCCUAAGAUGUUGAGAGAAGAAGAAAAGGCUGUGAUUUUUGUUUUGUUUUUUUCCUCCUAUACCUCACUGCUUAGUAUCAUCUCUCUUGAGAGGCUUGACCAUGACCUUUCAGGAAAGAUGAACAUGAAUCAGGUCAGAGUGUUAAGUGUCAGCAAGAAAUAUUUAUAGUUUGCAGCAUCAACCAUUUUUCAAGUAUUAUGUAAAAACAGUUUAUGUGUUUGUAUGGAGCUAAAUUUUAUGAGUAGAUCAUGUCGCUAAGCUUUUUGGGGAUUUCCAGAACUACAGUACUUUGUAAGGAAUUGAGCGGGCUCCUGAAAGUCGUAAAACAAUGAGAAAGCAAAACAUGUCUGUCCUCCCUAUAUAAAGAACUUUAGCAAAUAGCUUGUUAACAUGUAGGUAAAUGUCAUUAGAUAAACAUUUCUAACAAAAUUGGACAAGGUAGGGAUAGAACUGGGCUGAGUAUUUAUGGACUCCUACCUUGAUUUUGAAGGACUUGUACUCACUAAAUUUUGAUAGUAGUACUUACCAAUAGUCAUUUUAAACAUUUCUUAAGGUAGAGCUUCUUAACUUUUGGGGGUCAGAAAUUAGAUGAUCUUCUAUUUAUGAUAUGACAGAGUGAAAAUUUCUAAAAAAUAACCUCACAGUCUCUAGAUCAUAUUUUACCCCAGUUGUCAUCCCCAGUCCAAAACAUUUUGUGAGCCCUACUAUGGGCCAAAUGCUGUUUGUUCAACUAAACCGAACACAGUAUAUUAACCCUAAAAAGCCCAGUCCCUUUUUCUUCACAACCUAUGAAAUAAACCAUCCCAGAAAAUGAGUAUGUGAUGUGGCUCAGCCUUUGGGAUAAUUUUUGAAUGUGUAAAUGUCAGUAUGAGCAGAAAACAAAAUACUGCAUAACAUGUUUGAAGCAUUAUUGUAAGUCCUGUGUUAACAGUUUUGUGUCUGCUGCUCUGGUUUUGAAACACAUUUGUAUAUAGAUAGAGAUGUUGGCGUAACUUUUGUUAAAUAAAGCAACUGUAAAAUGUU